AUGGACCAAAAUUCAAGUGAACGAAAAGAAGAAAAGCAGGACGAUGUAGACGACGCGGCCACUUACAGCGGAGCUUCAACAUCUCGCCUGACAUCGACACCCAUCGAGAAGAACGUGUCGGACAGCAGCAGCGAUUCACCAGAGAAGAGCGCUAAAAGUAGUCAGAAACGGAAGCGAGUUGAUGAGCAAACGAAUCAAGCCGAAACAGUGGAAAAUAGCACAUUACGGAGAGUGUUCCAAGGCAUUGUGAGAAGACGUGAGAGCGAAUUCGAUCAACGCAUUGCUGCAGAACCGGCAACUUCAAAGAGGACACUGCAAAGUGAACCGGUGGUAUACGUCGAGAAGAAUGGAAAAUUCCGAGCAAUGAAGAAGAAUGUGUUUGAAAGGGAGAAAGAGGUUGGAGUGAAGAAGCCACAUGAUGACGCCUUCACUUCGAUGAUCGGCUUCAUCUCGUCUCGACACCCAGAUGUGGCGGUAGCCUACUCCUUCCAAAACAAUUUUCACAACAUCUCUAUGAUUAUGCAA